CCCGUGCCUGUUAUCACCUUUGACGUCAGUUAUGGUGUUAGACUCCAGAUACAUUUCUUUUUCUUCACCACGGAUAUGUUGUCAAUCGCUCGUAUAAGCUGAUAAAUGGUUAUGACUAGCAAAAAAAAGAAACGAGCUCCCAGCAAUGCGAACUGGAGUCGGAAAAACGCUGUUAAAGAUAACGAUAAGCUACUGAAAAAAAAUGAACCGACAGGCUCAAAGAAUUUUGAAAAGAAAUCUAUUGAAUAUGACGAUGCAAAGUCUGGAUUACGGCAACCUAGUAUAUACCAUGCCUUAGUGAUUAUAUUUUUAGAAUUCUUCUGCUGGGGGCUUCUCACAUCCCCCAUUAUUAAGGUCUUAAAUGACACAUUCCCUGAUCACACAUUUUUGAUGAAUGGACUUAUUCAAGGAGUGAAAGGUAUGCUCUCAUUCUUGAGUGCUCCAUUGAUUGGAGCCCUCUCAGAUGUUUGGGGUCGAAAACCUUUCCUGAUUCUAACAGUUUCCUUCACAUGUGCUCCAAUUCCACUGAUGAAGAUAAGUCCUUGGUGGUACUUCGCCAUAUUGUCCAUGUCAGGAAUAUUUGCUGUCACCUUUAGUGUUGUCUUUGCUUAUGUUGCUGAUGUUACUUCUGAGGAAGAGCGAAGUGUUGCUUAUGGACUGGUAUCAGCUACUUUUGCUGCCAGUUUAGUCACAAGUCCGGCCAUUGGGGCAUAUUUGGAGCGGCUGUACAGUGAUACUCUAGUGAUUUGGCUAGCGACGGCUGUAGCCGUGCUCGAUAUUUUGUUCAUAUUAGUUGCUGUCCCAGAAUCCUUACCUGAAAAGUUACGCCCUGCCAGCUGGGGUUCACAGAUUUCAUGGGACAAAGCCGAUCCCUUUGGUUCAUUGAAAAAACUUGGCAAAGACCGGCUUAUAUUAAUGCUCUGUGUAGCAGUCUUUUUAUCAUACCUGCCUGAAGCUGGAGAGUACUCCUGUUUCUUUGUGUAUUUAAGAUUGGUCAUGGGAUUUUCUGCUGAAGAAGUCGCCUCUUUCAUAGCUGUUGUUGGUGUUUUAUCUGUAGUCGCACAAACAUUGGUUCUCACUCUGCUAAUGAGAUAUCUUGGAUAUAAACAUUCUAUUAUGUUUGGUCUAGUCUUUGAAAUGGUCCAACUUGCCUGUUAUGGAUUUGGAUCUCAGACUUGGAUUGUUUGGUGUUCAGGUGCUAUUGCCGCCAUGUCCAGUAUCACCUACCCUGCCAUCAGCUCUUUUGUAUCUGCUCAUGUCUAUGCUGACCAACAAGGGGUUGCUCAAGGCAUGGUUACAGGCAUUCGUGGUUUGUGUAAUGGGCUUGGCCCGGCCCUGUACGGCUUCAUUUUCUAUUUAUUCCAUGUUGACCUGAAUGACAUGGCUGAAUCCAACAAAAAGAAACCAGUUCCUUUAAACAUUUCAUCUCAUUCCACCACAACUAAUACCCUAUUGAAUGUUGUACCAGGUCCACCAUUUGCCUUUGGAGCAAUUCUGGUCAUUUUAGCAUUGUUAGUCACAGUAUUUAUCCCUGAUAAUCCUCAUCAAAAAGGGAUGAGUUCACCAACCAAGAGAGUAUUAACUCAUGAUUCAUUCUCAAAGGAUAUAGGUAGUAAAAAGUACGAAAAAGAACCUUUGAUGGUUGAUAGUGAUAUAGAAAUUCAGACGUAGGAAUGGAAGAACUUUUGUGGACACCAACCUUCAAUGUUUUAGAAGUAAAAGAAAAAGGACGCUUGCAAUAAUAAAUUGGCUGUUUGUUAUCCGAGUAAUUCGACCUGUUGAUUGAUCAAUCAAUCAAUCACUUUAUUAUUACUCGGGUAAAAAAUAAAAUAAAAGGAUGUUAUUGUAAUUGUAUACAAAGUCCAAGGGAGAUAACACUGAAAGCAAUAUUGGCUUUCUUUUUGUUAUUAUCCAUAAUUAAUUCCCUUGACAAGUGAACAGCUUGGUUAUUUUAAGACGCAUUCAAAAAGAUUGAUUGUGAUAUGUGAAAAAGAAAAAUUUGAGAUUAAAAUUGGAAGGAAAUGGGGGAGAUAAAAGAAAGGACAGACGAAAUAACAUGGAAUGGAAAAAGAAACUAACAGAAAACCCCCAAAAAACAAAAAAAUCCAAACAAAAAAAAACA